AUGUCGAGCGCAAGAAGCGGAGCGAAGCGCCUCAUCAAAGAGCUCGAAUCCUGGCGCAAAGAGCGCAAGGACGAAAAGGGCGUGGAAAGGCUCGGCCCGAUCAACGAGGAUGAUUUGUUCGAGUGGGAGGCUGUGAUUAACGGGCGGGAUAUCGGAUCCGGCUAUGACGAAGGCCGCUGGCUCCUGCACAUCCAGAUACCGCCGCAGUACCCCCUCCAGCCGCCCAAGAUGCGCUUCGUCACGCCCAUUGUGCACCCCAACAUUGCGCUGCAGUCGGGCGAGAUCUGCCUCGACCUGCUCAAGGACAAGUGGACGCCGACGUACAGCGUGCUGCAGUGCGUGCGCGCCGUGCGCAUGCUGCUGGGGUAUCCCGAGACGGACAGCCCGCUCAACGUGGACGUGGCGGCGCUGCUGAGGGGCGGGGACGUCUUGGGGACGAGGAAGCUGGUUGAGUAUUGGUGUUCGGAGGCGGAGGGGAGGUAUGAUGGGCCUUGA